AUGCUUGAGCUCGGCAUCAUCCGACAGUCCGACAGCUGCUGGGCAUCACCCCUCCACCUUGUCCCAAAGAAGAGCGGUGACUGGCGACCGUGUGGUGACUAUCGGGCAUUGAACUCUGUGACUGUCCCCGACCGGUAUCCCGUCCCGCACAUCCAAGACUUCACUCUUUCGCUGCAAGGUAAGCGAAUAGUCUCCAAGAUUGACCUUGUGCGCGCCUACCACCAAAUCCCAAUCGAAGCCAGUGAUGUGCCGAAAACCGCAGUGACCACUCCCUUUGGGUUAUUCGAAUUCACUCGUAUGCCCUUUGGACUGAGGAAUGCCACCCAAACCUUUCAGCGAUUCAUUGAUCAGGUUCUGCGAGGUCUCGACUUCGUCUACGCCUAUAUUGAGGAUUUGUUAGUGGCUAGUUCUGACGCUGCUGAACACGAUAUUCAUCUUCGACAACUCUUCGAACGACUCGACUCCUUUGGCGUUGUAAUAAAUGCUCCUAAAUGUGAGUUUGGAGUCCCCAGUCUAAUCUUCCUGGGUAACGAAGUGAACUCAAAUGGAAUAAAGCCCGUCCCGGAAAAGGUUUUGGCCAUAUCAUCGUUCCCCGUCCCGACAACCAUCAACCAACUACGCCGCUUCUUGGGGAUGGUGAACUACUAUCACCGUUUUCUUCCCCAUGGUGCCACAUACUGCAGCCUCUCAACAGCCUUUUGA